GCCAAAUAAUAGGUUCACAAAAAAGUCAUAUAAAAUAAGUUUUAACUAAAACUCUAUCAUUUUAUACAUUAAAUAACUACCAAAGAACUAAUAUAAGUUACUCACAAGCUUUCAAGCCUUGACCUGCCGAAUCAGGGGCCCACAGAAAACCGCAAGAGCCCUUUUACCUUACCUAUUUAAUUUGGCUCACAGUGGGUUAACUUUGCUCCCCUAGUAAACUAUAGCUCGAAUCAAUGAUAUCCCAAACAAUGGGUAUCUUUAGCUCCUCAUUAUUGCUUCAGAUAUGUAAACAAUAUUAUUUAAAACAUGUUAGAUGAGAUACUCUUCAAUUCAUCUAAAUAUUUAAUAAUUAAUAGUUAAAAACAAUAUUUAUAAUUUCCUUAAUUUGGAGCAAAGUUGGACCAUUUUACGUACCAUCAAAUUUAGCAGGUUCUUGGCAGUGAACGUGUUAAGAUUGUUAAUCCGACCCCGGAAUUAAACGAGCCUACGUACUUAUAAUUAUAACCCUAAUAACAAAAAAUCCCUCAUUUUACAACUUACCUUCGUACCCAACGCUAAAAUGGAAUCCCCGAGAUAUCGGAAAAAUAAAACCACACAAUUUUUCCAUAAAUUGGACAAAAUUAUCUUCGUUUGCAGCAGCAUGAACUACUGGGUAGAUCAUAAUGACCUACCUGAGGUAUACCUGAACGCGUACAAGAGAAUUAUGAAAGUUAUAAACGCAGGGAUUGUUCUGUUUGUGGUGGGAGAGUUGACGUCAUUCUUCACUCAAAACAAUUUGACGGAGAAUCAGAAAUCUGACCGCCUUAUGAUGACGCUUUCACACACUUUGCUGUACUAUGUCACACUCUCUCUGGAUAAGGAGACUGUGACAGAGAUACUAUUUACCUUAGCUGUUGGUUUAAAGAAGGAUUUCAAUGAUCCGGAGACGGAGACACUUACGCUGAAACGCACCAAAAUCUACGCAUGUACAUUUGUGUUUCUUGGCUUUAACUCGAUACUAUUUUACGGUAUUAAAGGAUUAACUAAGGUAUUGUUUUCAGAUGAAACUUUCAUCACAAUGAUAACCGCCUGGCCCGAUAUCGACGACCGAUCACCCCUCGCUGGAGUCGGUCGCGUCGUCGUCUACGUCCUCUGCUGGCUAUGGAUGGCCAGAGUCACCACCGCCUAUGUCCUUGUCCUUGUUAUCACCAUCUCCCUCAGCCAUCAGUACAUGAACCUGCAGAUGUACUUUAAGAGCCUCGCGGGGGUAUUUGAAGAGAGGAUUAGUCAGAGUGAGAUGGAAGAGAAGUAUGAGAGAGCUCUUAAGCUUGGUAUAAGAUUGCAUGCUACCACCAUUUGGUGCACGCAACAAGUGCAGAGAACUUGUGGAAACGUGAUCAGCGCACAUAUCCUUAUUAACAUCUUUGUAAUGGUGCAACUCAUGUCACAGUUUAAGGAUGCCGAUCGCUCUCUGGGUCACGUGUCGGCUAUAUUAGCCACCUCUGUGACCAUGCUGAUCGACACUGGAUUCAUUAUGUGGAGCGCAGGAGACGUCACUGUUGAGGCAGGCAAAUUACCGACGGCCAUCUAUCUGUCAGGAUGGCAGAACUGCACGAACAUGUCUUCUUACCGAAUUCGGCGACUAAUGUUGAUUGCUAUGAUCCAAAGUCAGAAACCUGUCAUCAUCAAGAGUUUCGGAUUCAUAGAAGUCUCUUAUGAAUCGUAUGUAUCGAUCGUGAAGGCAUCGUACUCCAUAUUCUCAUAUUUGUAUUAA